AUGGAGGCCUCCGCCGCCUCCUACGCUUCCGCCCCUGCAGCGCUCCUCCCGCUGCUGGCUGCCCCGCCGCGCUUCCUCCACCUCCCUCUUCGCCGUCCCUCUGGCCGCCGCCACGGCUUCGUGAUUUGGGGUGGGGGUGGCCUUUUGCUCCAGCCGCCGCUGCUGGGCCCCGGCUCCCGCGCCCGCUGUAGGACAACCUGCUGCGCGUCAAGCCCCGAGCAGGCGGAAGUGCUGCUGGGCGGGGCCUCGCUCGUUAGCUUGGCGGCGGUCGCUCUCCUCACCGCUCUGCAGCUGAUAUGGUUGCGGUGGCGCAGUGCGAGGCACGGGGAUUUCCCGGAGGUUUUACAUGAACAUGGCAAAAUUAUUGUAAAUAAGGCCCUUGGUCCAUCAAAAGCAAUGUAUGACAGUAAUUUGGAAGCACAGCUAACUCAGUAUAGUCACUGGCUUUCAGAGCCUUGUGUUUCUGGAAGAAUAUCUGUUGAUGAAAUGCAUCCCAAGGCUGGUAACUUUCCCUGUGCAAACACUGUACAUAAAGAAACACAGGCUUAUUCUGUAAUUAUUCCUUGGAUAUGUCCGGAUAUACCGUUAUAUAUUUCUAGACCUGAAGAAGUUAGUUGCUCAACUCCAACUGCAAAUAAUUCCAUAGAAAAGGAUACAAGUCUUCCUGUGAUGCCACAUUCUGUAUCGCAAGGGCAAGAUAAAUCCAAGUAUUUAUCUAACAGAACAGGCUGGGUAGCUGGGCUACCAUAUCAGUUUUUAUCCCUUUCAGGACAAAAGAAAGAGGCACAAAAUAGUCAAGGUCAUAAUGAUAAGCAAAUGGAUACCAAGGAUGCUAAUUUAGUUGGAUGCCCUCAGAGUGAUCAAGAGGAACAUCUUGAUUUUACAUCCCUUUCAUCCUUUGAAAUAGUAGAAGAUCAUCUUAAUUUUGUUCCCCUGGCCAGCUACCGCAAUUUACUUGAACCUGGGAAAGUGAUUGAAUUCACCAACUCUAAUGCAGGGAGCUCUUAUUUGCCAGCAGGACGCUUUGCUCCAGUUGCAUGCUUAAGGGAAGUUCCAGUGAGUAAACAAGUGAAAGCUGUGAAGGGCCAUGAUGGUGGCUGGAACAUUUCUAACAUACUAAACAAGGAGAAUCCAGAUAACUUCGCUCCAGUAAAGAGAGGGGGAUCGAAGGGCACAAAGGAUACAUUAGAUUACUUGAGGAUAUACAAUAGUUUCUUAAUUGAUGGAAGGUUGAAGGACUGCAUGGAUUUGUUAGAAAGCAUGGAACAAAAUGGACUGCUUGAUAUGAAGAAGAUACACCAUGCCAGCUUUUUCAGUAUGUGUAAGAAGCAAAGAGCUGUCUUGGAAGCUCUUCGCUUUUGCAGAUUGAUUGGCAACCCCAAAAUAAGUACCUUCAAUAUGCUUUUGUCGGUGUGUGCUAGUUCACUAGAUUUUGACGGAGCGCUCCAAGUUAUGGAGCUCCUAAAGGAAGCUGGGCUAAAACCUGAUUGUAAACUUUACACAACGCUGAUAUCAACUUGCGCAAAGUGUGGAAAAGUUGAUGCCAUGUUUGAGGUAUUUCAUGAGAUGGUCAGUGCUGGUAUAGAGCCAAAUGUUAACACAUACAGUGCAUUAAUUGAUGGCUGUGCUAGAGCUGGGCAAGUGGCUAAAGCAUUUGGUGCUUAUGGGAUUAUGAGUUCAAAGAAGGUGAAGCCAGAUCGAGUUGUCUUCAAUGCUUUGAUCAGUGCAUGUGGUGAAUCUGGAGCUGUGGCUCGGGCAUUUGAUGUUUUAUCAGAAAUGACAGCAAAAUCCUCGGAAUCUAAAGGAUCCAAACCAAUCAUUCCUGAUCAUGUUACUGUUGGAGCGCUGAUGAAGACAUGUAUUCAGGCGGGCCAGGCUGAUAGAGCUCGUGAGGUGUACAAAAUGCUUCAGGAGUAUAAUAUAAAGGGUACCCCAGAAGUUUACACAAUCGCAUUAAGAAGCUGUAGCUUGACUGCUGAUUUAGGGUUUGCACUGAAGAUAUAUGAAGAUAUGAACAAGAUUGGAGUAAAACCUGAUGAGAUGUUUUUGAGUGCUCUAGUUGAUGUAGCUGGCCAUGCUAGGAGGGCAGAUGCUGCCUUUGAAAUAAUGAAAGAUGCAAGAGCAAAAGGUUUACUCGUUGGAACAAUUGCAUACAGUUCGUUAAUGGGGGCUUGCUGUAAUGCGGAGGACUGGAAGAAGGCACUGCAGCUAUACAAGGACAUCAAGUCUAUUAAAUUGACCCCAUCAGUUUCAAUGAUGAAUGCUUUGAUCACCUCUCUGUGUGAUGGUGAUCAGGUCUUAAAGGCUGUUGAUAUCCUUAAUGAGAUGAACAGAUUAGGGGUCCAUCCAAAUGGGAUAACAUACUCAGUCUUAUUUGUUGCUUGCGAAAGAAAUGGUGAAGCACAACUAGGUUUGGAUUUGUUUGAACAAUUAAAAAUGGAUGGCAUUGGCAUCAAUCCCACCAUUAUUGGUUCUCUUACUGGUUUGUGUCUUCAAAUGUUCGACAAUGAUUUCUCACUUGGAAAUAUUAUUGUCAACUUCAGCUCAGGGAAACCACAGAUUGACAACAAAUGGACUUCCUCAGCAGUUAUGGUGUAUCGUGAGGCAGUUUCAGCUGGGCUACUACCCUCAAGUGAUGUUUUAUCUCAAGUGUUGGGGUGCCUUAGGCUUCCUCAUGGCUCUUCUCUGAAGAGUAGUUUCAUUGAAAACAUGGGAAUAAGUUGUGAUAUUCCACAACACCCAAAUAUAAAUUCACAUUUCGAAGGAUUCGGUGAAUAUGACAUUCGAGCUUUUUCUAUACUGGAGGAGGCUGCUUCAUUAGGAGCAGUUGGAAGUAUUUCCAUGAAAGAGACCCGAAUUCUUAUUGAUGCUAGAAAGUUAAAGAUCUACACAGCCGAGGUAUCUCUUCUUAGAACAUUAAGAUCUUUGAAGCAUCGACUGGCUGCAGGUUCAAGGUUACCAAACGUGACAAUCUUGUUACCCACAGAAAAGAAACAAGUUGACAUUGAUGAGAAGGAGAAAACACUUAAACUUGCUGGAAGAAUUGGUCAAGCAGUUGGCUCUCUCCUGAGGCGAUUAGGAAUUUCAUACCAGGGGGAGUCGUCUCAUGGGAGGAUGAGGAUCAAUGGCCUCACGUUAAGGAGGUGGUUCAAUCCAAAAGUGAAUAGCAAAUCCUCUGCUGCCGCACCAGCUGACUUGCUUCCACUACCUUCGCGGUUAGCCAAAGGGAUUGCUGGUCAGCAACGCGACAUUAGAAACCUUUCACUCGAGUAG